CAAAAAACAUCUACAAAAGUAACCACCUACAGAAUCAUCAUAUACAGAGUUUAUUUAGUCAUAUAGCUUUGAAUACCAGAUUUAGUAACUGUUAAAGUACAGGAUCCAGCUUUAUUUAUACCCCCUUCAACCUACAGACAUUUUUAACAACCCUACAUCCCAUUGAAUCAUAUUUAAUCUCAACACAUUCAUCACAGAGAUAUUUAAAACUUUAUAUCCGUUGUCUUCAGUCGGUGUUUGCGUAGUUGCUGCUCUUAAUGCUGAAACUGAGAUUUCUUUCAUACUGGGACGAUGAUCAGUGCAUUAUUGGUUCAAAGUGCUUUAUAAACAGAUCCUCCGGUCGAUGGUUUUGUCUGCGGUCGUGUAGUCGCUACACCACAGGAGGCAUGUGGUAAGCAGUGAUAACACGCCGCCGCGCUCCGAACGCCGUCUGAAAAACAUUUGAAGGCUUCAGCGGGACGGCGUUUGACUGACAGGCGACAGAAGCCACGUCUAACCUGAUAAAUAGGCAGCAGUGCUGUACCGCCGCCGCCGCCGCCGCCGCUGCUGCUGCUAUCUCAAAGGCUUGGAGAUAUACCAUCGUCUCAGUCCGCGCUGUGAAACACUGUUGACACUUUGCCUAUCUCUUUCUUCCAGUCGCUUAAGCGAGAGAGCCCUCUCGCUCUUUUUGUCGUCUUCUGUUUCUUCCAUACGUGGCGUUCGAUUACGCCGCUCCGAACAACCUGAAAAGGCCCCUUUAUCUAUUCCGGUGACCUCUUCGAACCUUUUUUUUUUUUUUUGCAUUCUUCCUUUUAUUCUACUAAAAACAUGCAAUUUAAAACCUUUCACUGUAUUUACAUUUUUUUUCGUGGAAGGAGAUCAAGUUUUUAAAAAAGAAAAAGGAACAUAUAACCUAAAGCCAUACUGAACACCAGCCAUACAAAUACCUUUCACAUUUAAAAAAAAAAAAAACACACCUCACUUAUGUUUCCUUCAAACAAAGUGAUCUUGAAACACAUCGGUGCACACGUACGCAUUCAGGGAGUCAACGAAGAAACUGUUAGUGAGAAGAAACCCUAAAUUUAAUACGUUUAGAUGAAAGAACAGAAGCUUUGUAAGCUCCGACUUUUCUACCCGCGUCUCUCCGGAUCGCGCUGAAUCCGCGGUGUCGAGCGUCAGCGUGGCAGCGUGAACGGUUUUUUGGAGUUCCGGUCGUCGUUUUUCCGUGUUCCUCUGUGUUUGACGGAUGAAUCCGGAUAUUUUCAUGUCUGUUCUGUGGGCAGAACCUCGCUGCCCUGCUAGAACCGGGCCCAAGCCCUCCUUCGUUCUCUUCUGUUGGGCCAAGCUAAAUUCAGAGCAAAGACACUCACGCGAGGGUAUCGAGCGCACAUAGAUCCUCCCCCGUUUUCUAUCGCUUCUUUUCUUUCUGUAACUCUGUCACCGUUUCCUCGCUGUUUCUCACUCUUUUGUGAAUGCCUUGACAUGCUCAUUUAUUGAACUGUUUUCUUAACGUUUUUACGCUGCUUAACGCUGUCAUUUAGCAGCACGUUUAUUACUCUAAAUUCCCUGUUUUACUCCGAUUUAAACCAAAAUCUCAAGCAUAUUGACCUUUAUCGACUCUGCUGAAAUGUUCCGUUCCCUCUUUUCAGAGAGGAGGACUUAUUCGUCGGGCGAAUUUGUGAGCGUGAUGCAAAAGAAACAACAUUUUAAGUCACAGCUUGUGCCAAAUUUAGACUGACUUCCCAUCAGCUUGUUCACCAAAAAAAAAAAAAAAAAAAAAAAAGCUGAAAUCUUUAAAAGCUGCCAGCACUGUUGUUUACAGACACGAGACACACAGAGCUUGAAUAUUUGAUUUUUAAACUUUUUUUUUCUUUUUCUUCUUCCAUGUAUGAUUUUACACAUCAGUUAUCCACACAGGACAACAGAAGUGCCAAACGAGAAUACAUCCAGCAUCCGUUAAAAGCUCAUCAAGCGUGAAGAAUAAAGUUUACAUACAGCGCUAAAUGUUUACAGACUACAUUUUCCAUUCUAGUUUCUUACGUGAAUUGUAAAAUUUCGUGCCCUGAACAACUCCCAGAAAACUCUUCGGUAGGAGAUAUAAGACCCCUUUUUUUUGUGCCGGGGGGGUCGUUAUAUUAAGAGUUUACAGUUUUUUUGUUUACAGAAAAUGUAAAAAAAAUAAAUAAAUUACUGCCUAUUUAAAAAGAUUUUCAAUUUUGGCCAACAGACUGUAAAAUGUCACUUUGUCGACUGACAGACCAAAAUUAAAUACCCGACGCCUGCUGCCAUAAAACAAACCCCUGUUAUUCUAUUUAUAACUAAUAAAAGUUUUCAUUCAAAUUGAUUAUUUCAGAACUACAGCCAUCUCACAGGCAGAUCGCACAGGGCCUAAAAACUCUGAAAGACCUCAAUGUUUACAAAAGCUGCUCAACAGAAGGAUUUGAAUAAAGAAAGAAAUGUUUACAUUCAAAUGAAAGGAGUGAAAUGCCAAACACAUUCAUGAAACAUUGCUUGAAUUAAGUCAAUCUGCUGAACAUUGCAUCCGUGCAGUGUGCGUGUGUGUGUGUGUGUGUGUGUGUAUAAAACAAGAAGGGGACUAGUUCAUCAAACUGGAGUGAAAACUUUUCAUACUGAAGGUUUUUAUAAGUCAAAUCUUUGAAAGAGGACGCUGACGCUUCACAGCGGAUUCGGAGCUGUUCCUGUGAUUUUUUUUUUUUUUAUUUAAAAAAAAAAGAAAACGGCUCAAGAACUUUGUGAUAAAACAAUGAAACCUGUAAUUUCAAGAGGGAUGUUUUGCUCGUCCCUCGUCCUCCUGCUUUUCUCCUGCCUUGCUGUUUCCACGGUAACCAUCACCACGGAGAGACGCGCUGUGGAUAGUGAUGUAAGGACUCUGACCAGCAGCAGCAGCAGCAGCAGUGGCUCCGCUGCGGCUGGUGCCAAAACGAGCACCUUGUUCCUCCUGACCGGCUACAAGCCGCGCCUGCCGCCGCUGCCCGCCGGGCCCAAAGUGGCGCCGAAAGCGGCCGAGGUGGAGGACGGAGAUGAUCCACCGGUUAUGGCCGAGCUCCCUCCAAAGCCCCUCCCUCAGACCAUGUUGCCAAGGAACAUGACGGCUGAAGCCCUGAAGCCUCCCCUCGGUGCGGCCCAGGUGGCUCCACCUCCCAGACAACUGGUGGAUGUGGACGUGUGCAGGGGUUACUUCGACGUUAUGGGGCACUUUGACAGCACGUUCAACUGCUCCAAGGGCAGCUACAUCUACUGCUGCGGCACCUGCCACUACCGGUUCUGCUGCGAGCACCAGAGGAACCGGUUAGACCAGGAGUCCUGCAACAACUACAUCUCCCCUGUCUGGGCAGACCCGCAGGUCCCUGUCACCGUGCCUACAGGGAAGCCUGACCCGGAUUUUGAGACGCUCCAGCAGCAGAACAGCAGUACGGCCUAUGUGAUCGGAGGGGUGAUCUCCUUCACGUUGGUGGUGGCUGUCGGUGUCAGGAUCGCCUUCAGCAAGGUGGCGCGUCGACCCCGAAACAGGGACAUCAACAUGCCCAGGUCGCUGGUGGAUAUCUUGCGUCACCAGUCGAGCCCCGUGCAGCAGGGGGAGAGGAACAACACCGCAGUGAUGACCACCACCACCUCAGACGGACGGACAUCCAAAAACCUCUACACCCCCAUCCUGCAGAGCAAAGACAACCGCAAGCGUGGACCCCGUAUGAACAACACCCCCCAGCUCUCCUCUGGGGCCUCGCUGCUUUCAGGUAGCGGUAAAGGCCCCGGCGUUGUCGGCGUCCCCGGUGGCAGCAUCAUCGGCGGAGGCAUGAGACACAACAGCAGCCACGCUUCCUUCUCCCACUCCUUCCACAACCUGGCCCAGCUGCCGCCGUCUUAUGAGACAGCCAUGAAACCCGAGAUCAACCGCUACAGCUCCCUGAAGAGGCUGGAGAAAGAACUGGACGAGUACUCCAGCUACUACUCCUCCAAACGUCGCUCCAACAACGCUCCGCCGUCCUUCCACUCCUCUCAGCACCACCUGCCCUGGGGAGGCGACUACACGCUGGGAUCCAGGGGAACGCUUCCCCUCCACGGCUCCCGGCCCCGGCUCCACAUCCCCGCCUCCACACCGAACCCGUACCCGCUCCCCGCCCAGACGCAGUACACCAGCUCCACCUUCGACAGGCCGCCGCGACGCGUACGCUCCCAGGACCAGCUGCUGGCUCUCGGAGAGGGCAACACCUUGUCCCGCCUGUCCAAGAACCAGCAACACCAGUACUACAAAGCCAUGAUGAGCACCAGCAGGAGCUCCACCUCUCAGACGCUCCGCAGGUCCCACGAGAGGCUCCUGGUUUCACCGGAUCGUCUGGAGGACCGGCUGAUGACGGUGGGCCUGAUGGUUGGAGGAGGCGACAGAGGUCCAGGAGGUGGGAUGGUGCCUACGAUGGGCCGGCUCAGCCACCACCAGAAGGCCCAGUCGCAACAGAACAUCUGCGUCACGCCGUCCAUGGAUCGCCAUCACAUGAUUAAGAUGAACUCCCACCCGACGCCAGGCCACGACCACGAACGCAGCUCCGCCCCCAUGUCCGGGAUGGGCAUGCACGGCGGCUGGGAACCCCACGGGGGCCACGGAGGAGGCGGAGGUGGUGGAGGAGCGGUCGGAGGCCACCCAAACGCCCGACGGAUGGCUUUCGCCAGCAAGAGGCAGAACACCAUCGAACAGCUCCACUUCAUCCCCGGAGGAGGGGGAGGGCAGGGACUGCGGACUGGGAGUAAGAACGAAGUGACAGUGUGAGAAGACGGAAGACGGAGCGAGGAAGAGCGAGAUCCGAAGGCUGAAGUUGUAAAGAAGCCGAAGAGGCAGACGGGAACGAGAGAAGGGAAGUGGUGAGGCAUUUAGCGGGAAGAUGAAGUGGAGAGAUGAGCAGAAACAGGACGGUAACUGGAAAAAGGAAACGAGGAGGUUUGAUCUCUGCUGGCUGCUUCACAGGGCUGCACUCUGUCCUGAGAACAAGCAGCAAUCAGGCCCCCCCCACCCACCCCUCUCCCACCACACCCUUCCUAAAACAAAAGUGGUGGAUGACGACAUAAAUCUCAAAGCGAGUAUAGCCAAUUGAUUUUCUCCUUGUCACUUUGUGGUUCGGAGAAGAGAAUAAUCAGCCAUUCUCUGUAAAGGGAAGACAGAAAUGUCCAUUUAAAAAGAGCAAAAAAAAAACCAUGUUGUGAGCGCAGUUUAAAGGCUGCUGGGUAUCUGCCGUGACUUCUAUUGAUGGAUACCCCUCUGAGUCAAAAUUGUUGAAUUGUCCUUGAGUUUUAUUGCACUGUCCUCUGAGUCCUCGAACGCUCCGACAGUCUUUGAAUCCACUGUGGUUGGAUAGAGAGCACUGAGGCAGAGACAGACAGGUUUGCUUGUCUUUGUAUUUAUAGAGGUAUUUAAAAACCAAACGGUUGCUUUUGUAUGAACUUAACCUAUGAAUAAUAAUAGUAUUAACAUUACUGAGCCCUGUAGGACUUUGUGUAUACUUGGUUGAAAACAUUUAUCUUUUAGCCAGCCGGUUUGUAACUCGAUGGCUGGACAUGUGAGCCGCCUGUCAUUUAUUUCUCUAGUUGUGAUUGGACUAUCAUGAAAGUAAAACAUGCUCUGCAAAAAUUAUCUCGCCAAGUACAGUAAAGCAGUCACUUGAUUGCCUUUAUGGCUUGAUUUGCUCUAGAUAGAAAUAAAAUAAAUACCAUUUUGGGGGGGGGAAAUAAAAACAAUACUUAACGUUGAUACAAACUGCCAUAAAGGCCCAUUCACACCAGCAUUUAAAUGGCAAAAUUUCACUGUGAAAUCAAUGAGAUUCCAAUGAAAUUAAUGCAAAUUUUUGGCGCAAAAUUCAAGUUUGGUGGACUUUGACACCAGAAUUUGCGCCGUUGACCAACAGCAAGCCGUAUUUCAAUGUGGACCUUUUGUUUAAAAUGGAGAAGGCUACUUGCUUAUUAGCUGUUGCACCAUUUACUUGUAUUUAAGCUCCUUUUUCGUCGUAUAACCUGCUCCACAAAACGUGGAUGGUUUGCAGACACUGGAGUCAGUGGUACAAAUACGUCUUUUGAAGAAAUUGUGUGAACUUGUUGUCUUGUUAGCGACCGAGCUAGCAAGCUAAUUGUUAGUGAACUUGUUAGCUCUGGAAAUUGUUGUUUUUCCUUCUUUGGUAACUCUUUAUUGAAUUAAAUGAUGUACAAUCCUGUGAAUAAAAUGCCAGUGGUGAUUAAACAGCCCAGUACAGAGAAAAUAGAAAAGCCGGGGAGCUAUUGUGACUAAAUAUUGCUAGCCUGUUAGCGGUUAGCAGCUACAGUAGUUUACCAAUAAGCCCUGAGCUAUUGUGACUAUAUAUGGCUAGCCUAUUAGCGGUUAGCAACUACAGUAGUUUACCAAUAAGCCCUGUGAUUAAUCCCUUCAUCACCAAACACUUAGAAACCCGCAGUUUCGCAAAGACAUGCCACUUUCUGGUGUGACUGGGCCUUAAAAAGUAAAAUCCACUUUGGAGUAUGAAUUUUAGCUAGCUUAAAGCCUGUACUGUGAAAUCUAGUGGGUGUGCCAUCUAUGAAACAUUGUGCUGUGACCCUUUGCGUAAUAAUUAAUCAAAUAUUUUGGAAUUAGACCCUUGACUUCAUUAAAGAAGAACCCAUCAGCUCUGUAUGGGUCAAACAUUAGCACACACACCCCCUCAAAAGUUUUCAUUGCGAGUUUGUAGAGAGAGUCGAGGGGGGGGGGGUUUCUUUUUGCCGCCGACCGGUAUUCAAUAAACACUUCUGUACUUCUACGAUGCCACAUGUUAACAGUUCAGCUGCUCACCUCAUAUGAAGGAAAAAAGGGGGCAGACGGG